UCCGGUAGUAACCCGCUGCGCAUGCGCGGCGCAGAAUCGCCCGCCCCUCACGUUACGUUGCGUUGGGCGCAGUGGGCAGCAGCCGCAGCUCGUGCUCAGUCGGUUGGUGUCGGAGCGGCUGCGGGGCGGCGGGACCAUGUCGGCGAUGGGGACUCUCGCGUUCGAUGAGUACGGGCGGCCCUUCCUGAUCCUCAAGGACCAGGAUCGCAAGAGCCGCCUCAUGGGGCUGGAGGCGCUCAAGUCUCAUAUAAUGGCAGCAAAGGCUGUGGCAAAUACACUGAGAACAUCACUGGGGCCCAAUGGUCUUGAUAAAAUGAUGGUGGACAAGGAUGGUGAGGUGACUGUCACGAAUGAUGGUGCCACCAUUCUGAGUAUGAUGGAUGUGGAUCAUCAAAUAGCUAAACUUAUGGUAGAGUUGUCUAAAUCGCAGGAUGAUGAGAUUGGGGAUGGAACUACAGGGGUUGUUGUUCUGGCUGGUGCAUUAUUGGAACAGGCUGAGCAGUUGUUAGAUCGCGGUAUUCACCCUAUGAGAAUAGCAGAUGGUUAUGAGCAGGCUGCACGCAUUGCCAUUGAGAAUCUAGACAAAAUCAGCGACAGUUUUCCAGUUGAUCCACAGAACACUGAACCUCUCAUCCAGACUGCAAAGACAACUCUAGGUUCUAAAGUAAUUAAUCGUUGCAACAGACAAAUGGCAGAAAUCGCUGUAAAUGCUGUACUGACAGUGGCUGAUAUGGAACGCAAAGAUGUUGAUUUUGAGCUAAUCAAAGUGCAAGGCAAAGUGGGAGGGAGACUGGAAGAUACCCAGUUGGUCAAAGGAGUGAUUGUGGAUAAAGAUUUCAGCCAUCCACAGAUGCCUAAAGAAGUUAAAGAUGCUAAAAUUGCAAUUCUCACUUGUCCAUUUGAGCCACCUAAGCCUAAAACCAAGCACAAGCUUGAUGUAACAUCUGUGGAAGAUUACAAGGCACUGCAGAAAUAUGAAAAGGAGAAAUUUGAAGAGAUGGUGAAACAGAUUAAAGACACUGGUGCAAACCUAGCUAUUUGCCAGUGGGGUUUUGAUGACGAGGCAAAUCACUUAUUGCUUCAGAAUGAGCUGCCUGCUGUUCGUUGGGUUGGUGGACCUGAAAUAGAAUUGAUUGCCAUUGCAACUGGAGGGCGCAUCGUUCCUCGUUUCUGCGAACUCACGUCUGAGAAACUAGGCUUCGCUGGCAUUGUCAGGGAGAUCUCAUUUGGAACAACAAAAGAUAAAAUGCUUGUUAUUGAGCAAUGUCAGAAUUCCAGAGCUGUGACCAUCUUCAUUAGAGGAGGAAAUAAGAUGAUUAUCGAAGAAGCAAAACGAUCUCUUCAUGAUGCCUUGUGUGUAAUCCGGAACCUGGUUCGUGAUAACCGCAUUGUGUAUGGAGGAGGUGCUGCUGAGAUCUCUUGUGCUUUGGCAGUUAGUGAAACAGCAGAUAAGUGCCCCUCUUUGGAACAGUAUGCUAUGAGGGCUUUUGCUGAUGCCCUAGAAGUCAUUCCCAUGGCACUUUCUGAAAACAGUGGAAUGAAUCCCAUUCAGACUAUGACUGAAGUGCGAGCUAGACAAGUGAAAGAAAACAAUCCUGCUCUUGGGAUCGAUUGUUUGCGCAAAGGAACAAAUGAUAUGAAGAAACAACAUGUCAUAGAAACCUUAAUUGGUAAAAAGCAACAGAUUGCUCUGGCUACUCAGAUGGUUAGAAUGAUUCUAAAGAUUGAUGAUAUUCGUAGGCCAGGAGAAUCUGAAGAAUGAAGGCUGAAAGACAAGGAAUAAAAUGUAGUGGAGCCACUGCAGUAAGAAAAAUCAGUGGGAUCUCAACAGUUCAUCUUCAGCUAUUUAUUUCUUGACAACUUUUCUUUUUGUUUUAAAUACUGUAACUGCUCGUUGUUGAAGACAAUAAAGUACCAUUUAGCAGUUGUGGCUUCAAGA